UUUUGUUGCCAUCGGACGUGACUUGUAUUUGUUUAUUAUUCGUUUCGCUGACGGGGGCCAGCGAAAUCGAAAACACUCGCUAUAAAAUAAACAAAAAACUAUUUUUAGGCUGCAAAUCUGAAAUAUAUUUUCUCGAUCAACUGCAGCAGCUGAGCAUAGAGGCCCCCCUCUCUAAUAAUGGACUGCAAAUCGCGACGCGGCACCAAAAUAUCGGUGAUCGCCCUGGGAAGUGCCCUCUGUUUCGUCAUGAUGGCAUACUUUGUGUUCGGCGACAGCAACGACGAGCAGGGUUUGCGGAAUCUACGCAUGAUAUCCAUACUGUUCCGACAUGGGGCCAAGAAUCCCAGUGGCUUCUAUCCGCUGGAUCCGCACGCAGCCCACGACUGGCAGGGCGGGAUGGGAGCCCUCACGCCGAAGGGCAGCCUGCAGGCGUACAACCUGGGAAGGAAUCUGCGCAUGCGCUACUACCGGCUGCUGCCCCCGAACAGCCUGUACACCCAGCAGCAGGUGCAUGUCCUCAGCUCGGCGGCGGAGCGGUGUGUGAUGAGCGCCCAGAGCGUCUUGGCCGGCAUGAUGCCGCCGCUGGAGAACAAGAAUGUGCUGCCCAUUCCCUGGCAGCCGGUGGCCGUCAAUACGCUAUCUCGCAAUGAAGAUAUCCUAUUGGCCCAAAAGAAACCGUGUCUGAAGUACGACCACAUUCUGCAGAAGCUAUACAAAUCCCCGCCUCCUGAACUCCAGAAGCUCAACGAGGACAACCUGGAGCUGUACAAGCUGCUAACCAAAAACACAGGCAAGAACAUUUCAAACGUACUGGAUGUGGAGCUACUUUAUGGCACACUUAAAACCGAAGAGGAGGCUAGUCUGGUGCUGCCCGACUGGACGGAGAAUAUAUACCCCGAGGAGAUUAGGCCAUUAGCUGAGCGUAGCUAUAUGCUCUUCACCGAAACCAAUCUGAUGAAGCGGAUUAAAGGUGGAGCCUUCCUAACGGAAAUACUCAUCAAAAUGCAGAAUAAGCGCAAGAGGAAUCUCAAUCCCGAUCGCAAAAUUUUCCUGUACUCCGGGCAUGAUGUGACUCUGGUUAAUGUGAUGAAUUCCUUGGGGAUACUGGAUCAGACUACCAAGCUUCCGGAAUAUGCAUCGGCACUGGCGUUUGAGCUCCAUCACAGCAAGUCGUUCAGUGAUGGAGACUUUGAAGUGAAGUUGGUUUACUACUACAACAGCGAAGACAAAUUCCCCAAGGAGCUGACCAUUCCCAAUUGCGAUGCACCGUGCUCACUGACCCAGUUUGAGGCCUCUGUGAAGGCCCUGCUCCUGGAUAACUAUGAUGAGACUUGUGAGAAUCAUCCGACCGAUUGCAAAACAUAAGAUGUCUUCCAGUGUUCAUCGUUCCUGGUUGUUGAAAGAGUGUUGUUCUGGGUUGUUGUUUAAGCGUCUGGCCAUUUCCAAGAAACAGUCAGAUGUUGUUUUGGGUAAAUUUAAAUAAUUGGUUUCAAUUAAUAGCUGUAACAUAACACUAAGUCAAGUAGCCACACAAAGUGAAGAAGUAAAGUGUAGUUAUCUCAAAAAGACAAAUACAUAUAUGGAUGAGAAGUCUUCAGUGUUCUCUUCUAUUUACUUGUA